AUGAGUCCGACUACCAUUGACCCAACAUUGAUGGAGCUAUCAUCAUCAACGGUUUUUGAAUCCUUCACGCCAUCUUCUCAUUUGAGUCCGAUUCAGACCAGAAGUAAACCACAACGUAAACGUCGUACAAAGGCCCAGAUGAUUGCUGCUCGCAUGGCCAAAAAAUCACAACACAAAGCCACAACUCGUAAAUCUAACAAAUUAACCCAAACCCCUGGAGAGUCCACCACGAAGUUUUCAAUGCAGGAUUAUGAUAAAAUUUGCUCAUACUUGGAGGAUCCUGGCCAUUACAAUCAACUUUUUGGCAAUGGACCUCAAACAUCGGUUGGACCGGCUAAACUCACCAAUACAUCAGUAUUUGCAAUCUACAUGAACAAUUCCAACCCCCAACUCUCCCUGACUGGACGACAACUGCAACAUUGA